AUGCAAGAUGUUAUCAAAGUUAAGGACUUGAAGUUUGAAUUGAAUCCUUACAAUUUGAAUAGGAUAGCCGUACAUAAAGCCCAAGCUGAUUUGAACAGAUAUCUACAUUUGGAGGAAGAGUAUUGGAAGCAGAAAUCUAGGAUGAGGUGGUUCAAGGAUGGUGAUAGAAACACAAAGUUCUUUCACUCAUAUGUCAAAGGAAGAAGAAAAAAAUUGGCACUGCAUAGCAUUCAAAAUAGUCAAGGAGAUUGGAUAAACUCUAAUAAUGACAUUGAACAGGAUGCAGUGUCAUUUUACCAUAACCUUUUCAGUAAUGAAGAGGUCAAGCUUGCAGUUUUUGGGAUGAAUGCUGAUAGUACCAGUGGACCAGAUGGUUUCUCAGGCCAUUUUUUUCAAAACUGUUGGCAUAUUAUUGGAGAGGAUGUGACAAAGAUGUUAACGGCUUUUUUUGUGACUGGUUUUCUUAAGGGAAGAACUAUUGUGGAGAAUGUAUUGUUGGCACAAGAAAUCAUCAGAGACAUUAAUAAGAGACACAAAAUGCAUAACGUGGUGGUAAAGCUAGAUAUGGCCAAAGCAUAUGACAUGGUUUCGUGGAUCUUUUUGACUAAAAUGCUAAGGCAGUCUCAUGGAUGUUUUAAGUCUUCAAAAGGUCUAAAACAAGGGGAUCCACUUUCUCCAACCCUCUUCAUUAUUGCUGCUGAAGUCCUGGCCAGAAAUCUGAAUAGUUUACAUGAGGAUGCUACUUUCAAAGGGUAUGGCAUGCCAAAGUGGAGUCCACAGAUAAAUCAUUUGUCAUAUGCAGAUGACACAAUCUUGUUUUGUUUAGCUGAAAAUGCUUUUUUGAAGAAAAUGAUUAAGGUGUUAGGAGACUAUGAGAAAUUACCAGGUCAGCUGGUCAACAAUGAGAAGAGUUCCUUUUAUUUGUAUAAAAAAGCUCCAACAAAUAUUGUCAGUAGAGUAAGGAGGAAAACUGGGAUGAGAAAAGGUUCAUUCCCAUUCACAUAUCUAGGGUGUCUGAUUUUCUAUGGUAGAAGGAAGAUUGUGUACUAUGAGAGUCUUAUCAAAAAGGUUAUGAACAUGGUGAUGUCUUCGCAAAAUAGACUGCUUUCAUUUGGUGGAAGAUACAUAUUGAUUGCACAUGUAUUACAAACUAUGCCUAUAUACCUAUUAUCUGCUAUGAAUCCUUUAAAAGGGGUCAUAAAUCAGUUGCACAAGAUUUUUGCCAAGUUCUUCUGGAGCAAUACUGCUGGGGUUAAAGGGAGACAUUGGGUUGCUUGGGACAAAAUGUGUUUGCCAAAAGAUGAAGGGGGACUUGGUUUUAGAUCUCUGCAUGACAUAGCCAAAGCUCUUUUUGCCAAGCUCUAG